AUGUCAGAGGACUAUCAGGAGUCCACCCACCUGGAGCAGUUUGUGACCCGCUUCUUGCUGAAAGAGACGACCAAUCAGCUUCAUUCACUUCAAAGCUCGCUUGAGUGCGCCAUGGAAACCACAGCUGAGCAAACUCGCCAGGAGAAACAGGGCCCAGUAAAGCCAGAGGGUCUCUCCAUCCAGCUCUCUGGUCGUCGUUCCAAUCGAAGGCUUCAGAGAAACAACAGCCUUUCUCCCAGCAACCCUCUCCUCAGUCUGGUUAACUCAGGUGUUUAUGAUGAAGAUUGUCAGUGGACGGUUCAGGUCAACAGGCUGCAGAAGCUUAUCGACCGCCUAGAGCAGAAGGAGAUCCGUAUGGAGCCCGUCGAAGAGGAGGUUCUGGAGAGCAAAUCGCACAUCCUAAUAGUCCAAAGGCAGCUGUCGGUGCUGGAGGAGGAGCUGGAGGAGUUUCGACUGGCCCUUAGGCAGUACAUUGAUUGUGCCUCCGUCCAGACAGGAUGCUUACACAUCGCAGUUCAGCGGCUGGCAAAUGAAUCACGCUUCAUUCUCUAUGAAUUCUGGGAGCACAACAACGUGUGGAAGAACCACCUACAGACUAACUACAGUAAAACCUUUCAGAGGGCAAACGUAGACUUCCUGGAAACUCCCGAGUCCACCACCACCAUGCUUGUUCCUGCUUCUUGGUGGGUCCUCAACAAUAACUGAAAGCUUCACAGCACCAAGCAACAUCAUCACUGAUGGGUGUGAGGCACAAACAGACACCUGUCAUCACAUCGCCAUCCCACAGAAACACCUCACGCUCCUUAAAGCAGCAGUACUUGUGACCCAUGGUGAUUUCUAUAUAUGACUUUCCAUGUUCCUACAGAGUUCAGUGGUAGCUCCAGUAGCUCACGUUUGUGUGUAUAAAAAGUUCCUUAACCCCAAAGGCUAUGAGCCCAUCAGUAACCAAUCUGGGGUCUGAAUUGUCACCUGGAUCGUAUUGUGUUUGUUUCUUAGAUGUCUUUUUGAGGACAUUGGACCAGUUAUUUCUGGUUGUAGGAUAAUAUUUUAUAAUUAGGUUUAGCUUGAAUAAGACUUUGAGUUGUUCUGAUUAACAUUGUUGUUUUCAUUAUAUGAUUGCCCUGAUUAAAAUCAAACCUUGAAUGAAUGUGAAAGAGAAAUUACAUGAAGCACUUAGAAAGACAUUGUGUCAAUUGUAGCAGCUCCAGGAAGCUCAUUAAACCAUAUUUCUGUAGUUUCUAUCUUUAGUGUGUUGAACUGAGACAAGGACUAAA